GACACGCGUCAUGCAGGAGAUAGAAGCCCACAUCGAGGGAGUAGAACACGUCAGAGAUAUCCUUAACCCAAUGAGGAAGUUCCUGAGACAGGAGAUGGUGAUGGAGGCGAAGACCGUGGGGGGUAAGAAGGACCGCUCUCUCUUCCUCUUCAGUGAUCUGCUCAUCUGCACCACCCUCAAGAGGAAGUCUGGAUCCCUGAGACGCAGCUCCAUGAGCCUGUACUCUGUUGCCAGUGUGAUCGAUACUUCCAGUAAAUAUAAAUUCCUGUGGAAACUUCCCCUAGAGACGUGAGAUGGUGAAAAGCCCCUCCCAGGCAACCAACAAAGAGACCAUCCAGAAGAGAUUGGUCGACUGGACGAGGACCUGAGUACACUGGGACAGAUCAGCAAACUAUCAGAGACCUCAGCUUC